CGCCUCCGUCUCGUGCCGUCCAGCGCGCCUCCCUCAGUAACUCUACAGUGCAUCAGUCUGUCACCACCUGCCGUCACCGUCCAGAACAGCAUUUCCUUGCAGUGUAAUGGCAGGUCUGGCUGGAGCUGCUGCCUCCAGGUUAACAGAGACAGAUUAUGAACACACACUCAGCCCCGCAGGCAACUAAACCUCUACUACACCUACUGUAACUCCACAUUCAAGAUUGUGUCUAACAAACAGCUGGACCACAUCACAGGACAUGGACCUAAACUCCAAUGACAAGAGCAAGAGGACGUCCCGGACCGGUUUACCUGACGCUCCUUCUCUCUAGAUGCUGCUAAGCCUUCUCUACCCUCCAAUUUCAUCUUAUGGCUGCCAUUCAGCAGCUACUUGUUAACUUUUUGACAAAUGUUUGCUGAAACAGUUCGCCUGAAGGAACACUGAAAAGACAAAAAAAAGAAACCUUGGCUGUCGGCUGCGAGCAGUUUGAGUGUCUGCGGUUAAGGCUGUAAACAUGGGGAAAGAACAGGAUCUGCUGGUAGCAGUGAAGAGUGGAGAUCUUCUGCUGGCUCACAAGCUUCUCUCCAAAGUCAAGUGCAACAAAACAAAGUUACUGGGCUCCACCAAGAGACUGAACAUCAACUACCAAGACUCAGACGGCUUCUCAGCACUGCACCACGCUGCUCUGACGGGCACCACGGAGCUGCUGUCUCUGCUGCUGGAGGCCCAGGCCACGGUGGAUAUCAAGGACAUCAACGGCAUGCGUCCCCUCCACUACGCAGCAUGGCAGGGUAAAGCUGACUCCGUCUUAUUGUUGCUACGAGCCGGCGCUUCAGUCAACUCCCCUUCCCAUGAUGGACAGAUACCGUUACACCUCUCUGCUCAGUAUGGACACUAUGAAGUGUCUGAGAUGUUGCUGCAGCACCAGUCGAAUCCCUGCAUGAUGAACAAAGCAAAGAAGACGCCUCUAGAUCUGACCUGCGAGUUUGGCAGAUUGAAGGUGGCUCAGUUGCUGCUGAGCAGUAAUAUGGUGGCGGCGCUGUUAGAAGGAGAGGGAGGGCAUGACAGCCUAGACUCUCCAUCAACCACCCCACUUCACCUGGCAGCCAGGAAUGGGCACAAAGACAUCAUCAAGUUGUUGCUCAAAGCCGGUAUUGACAUCAACAGAGCCACCAAAGCAGGGACGUCUCUGCACGAAGCUGCCCUCUAUGGCAAAACGGAAGUAGUGCGGCUGCUGCUUGAUGCGGGCAUCAACGUGAACAUGCGCAACACGUACAACCAGACAGCUCUGGACAUCGUCAACCAGUUCACCACCUCCACAGCCAGCAGGGAAAUCAAACAACUGCUGAGAGAGGCAUCAAGCUCCCUCCAGGUCAGAGCAGUGAAGGACUACUGGAACCUUCACGACCCCACCGCCCUUAACCUCCGGGCUGGAGACCUCAUUAUGGUCCUGGAGCAGCACUCAGACGGCCGGUGGAAAGGUCACAUCCAUGACACCCAGCGGGGAACGGACCGGGUGGGCUUCUUCCCCCCUUCAGUGGUGGAGGUCCUCAGCAGAAGAGCAGGGGGCACUCUCUCCCGUCAAGCUUCCAUGCCAUGUCAACGACAACUCUUUACCUCCAGAGCUCCUCCCUCAAGCCACGGCCCCGCCCCUCAGACUGAAGACUCAUACACACUCGGCUAUGAUCCUGCAGGUGCUCCACCUGGCAGUCAGCUCUCAGCCCCAGCUAGUCCUGCUAGCCCCACUCAGGACAUUUGGGUCCUCAGGAGCUCUCCCACUGGUGACAGAAACAGUGUUGGCAGCGCCGGCAGUGUCGGCAGCAGCCGCAGUGCUGGUAGCGGCCAGAGCUCAGAAAGCAGCCACAAACAGAACGGGACUCAAAAUCGCCACAACGCUGACACUGGCAAGCUUGCUCCCUCUGCUGGUGAAUCAGGAGACCAUCUUCACAUUACAGGAGCAGAUCACAGCAAACAGGCUGAUGGAUCCACAGGUGGUUCCCGUCGGCAGGUCAGCGGCACUCCUCAGAAAGGCUUUGUGAGGCCCGAACACCUAAUGGAGGGCAAGGACUCUGAGGCCAUCUACCAGUGGUUGUGUGAGUUCCAAUUGGAGCAAUACACAUCCAACUUCAUCAAUGCAGGAUAUGAUGUACCCACCAUCAGCAGGAUGACCCCCGAGGACCUGACAGCCAUCGGAGUGACCAAACCAGGCCACCGUAAGAAGAUCUCAAUGGAGAUUGGCAAGCUGAGCAUCCCUGAAUGGCUUCCUGAUUACAUUCCUUCGGAUCUGGCGGAGUGGCUGAGUGUGAUUGGACUGCCUCAGUACCACAAGAGAUUAUGUGACAAUGGCUACGACUCCAUCACUAUUGUCAAAGACAUCACCUGGGAGGACCUGCAGGAGAUAGGCAUCACCAAACUAGGCCAUCAGAAGAAGCUGAUGUUAGCAGUGAAGAGACUUUGUGACCUGCAGCGUUCUCGUAACCAUGGCGACAGAGCCGGAGGCGGGACUCUUCGCCGGAAGCCCCCUGCCGCUCUGGAGCUGGUGGCCAUUGAACACACACCAACACACAAUGUGCACCCUCACAUGCGCUCUGACGCACCGUCUGACGACUGCUGCCCCUCCCCUCGCACCCCUAGGGCCCUGCUCUCCUUCCAGGACAGCGAGCUGAGUGCUGAGCUGCAGAGUGCUAUGAUGGGCAGGGCGGGAGGAGGAGCCGCGGAGGUGUUCUGCAUCAGGGGCGUGGCCUCUGCUGCAGCUAUAUCCGCCAUGUCAGUCAGUCAGGAGAGUAUAAGCAUGCGGUCACGCGGCUCUGGGAAUUCUGGGAACUCUGGAAAUUCAAAUUCAGGAUUUUCUCAGGAGCACCAAUCGGCGCUGCCUUCAGCCAGGACAUCUAGCCGGUCUGAGGAGAGUCUGGGGAGUGGAGUUGGGGAGGAGGCCAAGCUUGGAGCAAGCAGUCCUGGAGGCAGAAGUAGACAGAGACCCACAGAGAUAUGGGAGCACCAGGGUCGGUCUUCUACCCCCAACAAACUCCCCUUCUCCCCCCUCACGCCUCCACUAACUCCCAGCAAGAUGCCCCGCUUUGCCUACCCGGCCGUCCCACCCAAAGCCAAGCACUUCCAGUCCCCCAGCCGCCUCUAUCAGCCUCAGCACCACCAGCCCUCCUCCCCUUCCUCUCCUUCAGCACAGCCCUCCCCCACACAGAAAGCCUUUAGUUACCUCCACGCCCAGGCAGGAGGUGCCAACGGGGCUCCACGGGUGCUCUCCAAGCCUCUGCCUGGAGCUGUCCCUCUGCUGGGACCCCGGCCUGGACAUGGCCCAGCUGAUGACGCCCACAGGGGAGCGCACAAGAAGCGCGCCCAGAGCCUGACUCGCUACGCUCUGUCUGACGGCGAGCCAGACGAAGACGAAGACCUCAAUCCUUCCUGUACCUCUGCCUCCUCUGUAGCCAUGCCCUCCUAUGCCACCCUGUCACGCAGGCCAGGACGCGGGCAUACGAGCGCCUCGGGGGCCCAACGCCACAUCAACCGCAGCCACUCUUUCGCUGUGCGCUCCCGACGCAAAGGUCCACCCCCGCCUCCACCCAAGAGGAUGAGCUCGGUGAGCGGCAGCCCAGUACUCCAAUCAGGAAACGAGAAAGUAGCAGAGCCAGAGGUGAAGGGAGGUGUGGAGACGGAGAGCGUGGGCAGCGUGAGGAGCAUUGCAGCCAGGCUGGAGGGAAGCGGAAGCAGCAGUAGUCCAUCCAGAAGGAUCGACAUACCCCCAGUCUCACCUGUUUUCAGCCCUGUUUCCUCCCCGAUUCUACCCGGGACUCCUCACAUCGUCUUACAGCACUCCAAGCUUGUCCCCGUCCUUGGUGUGGGGGGCCUCAGGAGGACAGGAAAUGAGAAAACGGAAGCAGACCCUGACAGACAAAGAGGUGGAAGUACUUCCUCUGAAGACAAAGGAAGAAAAAAUGAAAGAAUAUCAAAGAGUGCUGCUGCUUCUCCAAAGCACGGCUCUGUUGACCACCUCCCUUUUGCCGAGGAAGGCAACCUCACCAUCAAACAGCGGCCCAGGAUAGCAGUUGUCAGUCAGGCAGACGCUGAAAUCAAGGCUCCUCCAGAGGGUCCAGUCCAGACCCCGAACAGCCUGGAGCUCCCAGAGUUCAAUCUGAAAGAGUCCGACACAGUUAAAAGAAGGCACAAACCCAAAGAGAAAGGCGCGUCAACACCUGAGGAGGCCUCCAUCCCCAACAGAGACGACCACUCGCACACCAACAGCCACCACACGCACAACGAUGUCAGUGCGCUGAGCGACGAGGACACUCAGAGAAUUGUUUUCCAGAGAGUGGGCUCCAUGGGAAAAGGCCUGAAGCCUCCAGUGUCCUGCAAACCUUCUAGUCCUCUCAGACAAGCCCCCAACAGCAGAGCAACAACCCCCCAAAAAAUACAAGUUAAUGCACAAACAGCCAUUCCUAAACUAACCAGCGUACAGAUUCACACGGUGUCACCGAAGCUGGGCGGCAGCAUAAACACACAGACAUGUAUACCUAGUCCUAAACCUGUCAGACACUCACACACAGUGAUGUCCAAACCAGAAAGUCCACAGAAAGCUGCAGGUUCGUCUGUAACAAGACUCCCUCAGCCUGAAAGCCCCUCAACAUCAACAGCAGGAUCAAACAUCAGUGUGGUCCAGAGUGUUGCAUUCACUGCUCCGUCCUCCCCAGCGCUGGCCUCUUGCUACCCCACCUCAGCACUACCGGGUCAGGCAGGGACAACAGGGGUAGCGCAGGCUGGUGCGGCCAAUCUGGAGGUGCUGGCUCAAAAGAGGCUGGAGGAAACCAGUACAUCACUGGAGGCUGCGCUUAAAGUGGUGGAGAACAAACUGGCACAGGGGAGCACUAUGCAGAGCGGCAGCAGCACAGUGAAGGCAGCAGGGAAUAUUCUGGACGACAUCGGAAACAUGUUCGAUGACCUGGCUGACCAGCUGGACGCCAUGUUGGAGUGAUGUCCCAAAACUCUGCCGCAGAGGGACGUAAUACUUUUCUAAAGGGAGCAACAGAUGAAAACUCAGCAGCCAGAAAACAGGAGAUCAAGUUGAACCUUUGAUGUGGGUAAGAACAGAGAUGGUGGAUGAAUCAAUAAGUGCACAUUUGAGGAUUUCCUGCACAACUUUUCCUCAGUAUUGCCCAGUUUUUCAACGCGAGCACUUCGCCUUAGGACACACACCUGGGAAUGUUAUUGGAGCAACAACAAACAGUGGCUGCUAGAUCAGCUUCCAGAUGUGUGUGUAUGUGUGUGUGUGUGUCAAGUUUAUUAUCACUAAAGGGAAUGAGGGUCCAUUUUAUUCACGUUACCUGUAAAUGUAUAGAUGGCACUGUGUGUGUGUGUGUGUUCAGGUGUAGUCAGAUAUCUUUAUACUGAGUAUAUUUAUACUUCUAUAUGUUUGUUUUUUAACAAAUGGAGUUCCAAUUGACUGAUUCACUGUUAAAAUCAUUAUUGUGUAUAUUAGAGUUACUGUGUUAUAUAUAUUUUGCUGCUUAUUGUGUAUAACAUGGGGAAAAUACUGUUUAUUGUAUUAAAAGCAGCAUAUUCCAUAUAUAUGUGCUAGAUUUGAUUUGAAAUGUUUUUACCAAAGUCUUUUAUCCUCUUCAGGAGUUACAUUAAGAUGUUUCUGUCAGCACCAAGUGGGGGAACACCAAUUUUAAAAGCACUAUUAUCAUCAGUAACAACACAUGUUUAUCAGGUGUGACUGCUGUGGAGUGAAGUUAUUAUUUAGAGACGAUGGAGUUCAGUUUGGAGGGUUUUACUGCUCGCCUCAGGGUGCUAUGAAGUCAACUUACUGUAAGAGUGCAGUUUGGGGACCUUCCCUUUCCAAAGAAUGGGAAAUGAUUUUAAACAUUUCAACAGUGGCCUGUUACAAAGCAUUUUAAGUACAGUCAACUUCAAAGUGACUGAACAUUGUAAGAGAUUGUGUAUCUAUAGUGGAGUCUUGUUUUCUUCAAACUUUACAAUGCACAGUACGGAGGCUCGAGUGUGCCACCGGAAUAAUUAAAGACUUACUGUGUUCAUCAACUAAUGAAUGUAUCAGUUUUACAUUAUAACUUUCUUAGGUAUAAAACUCAAGUAAAAAGAUAAUAAAAAGGUCAUUAAAUGCAAAUUAAUAAUCUCUUUGUUUGUCCUGUUUUUUAAUAUAUUACUCAUUUUUAAAUCAGCUAACAAAUAAAUGGAUGGCAUUGAAUGGGAACAUAAAUUGAAUAAAUAAAAGUUACAUUUAAAUGCCUUUUUCAUUUAUUUUGUGAAUAAUUAUAAAAUGUAAUUAUUAAUUCCACAUUUUAAGAUAA